AUGUACAAAGUCUUGAAGGCUCCUACGCCUUUAUGUCGAAUUGGACAUCUUGAUCAUUUGCUAUCUUCAUAUCGCGAGUUCUCUGUACUCAAAUAUUACGCGCAAUCUACGGUCAUGGGUACCACUUCCUUCGCCGAACAGAACGCUUUCUCUAUCACGAAUACAGAAGAGGCCCGGCUCUGGGUGGAGCGCGAGGCUCCAGCGAUUCACCCCGGAUUUGGAACAAAGUCUAUUGAGCCAGACGAGGACUGGAAGCCUGUUCAUGACUUCGAAGAAGCUAUAAAAGAGUACCAAUCGAAGCAGAAGGAAAAGAAGCGAAAGGUUUGGGUCAACCGCUCCCCGAAGCACCCAGCGACGUGGAAAACCGUCUUGGAGGUUGCAGAGGAAGCGCAAAGAAAAUACGAGGAAGAUGGCUCCAAACUUCGCAAUCGAUUAUUUAGAUCAAAAGGAGAAUAUGCCGCUGCGGUUGUCGUAUGGCUAGAGCUCAUGCCCCAGGGCGACAACUGUAAGACCAUACAGGGGGGCCUGACACGGCUAUUUACUGCUGCCGCAAAGAUUGCUGAAUUCCGCAUAAAAAUCAUAGAGUCCUUCGAGGCGUUGACAGCAAUGCUGCAAUCGGCUUUCGAGAAGCGAAUCCUCUAUCCCGACAGCGAAGAUCUCAAGCAAGUAGCUAUCAAGCUUUAUGUCACGAUCUUGCAAGCACUAGACGAGAUGAUCUCAUGGUUCACAGAAAAGUCUUACAUCAAAUACGGGAUAUAUCUCCUAAAAGGGCCCAUUGCCUACAAAAGGCUGGAUGACCUUCUCCAUCGUGCUCACAGACUCCAAGACGCUUUCAAUAGCAAGACAGCUACGUUGGAAGGGAUGGUUCAUCGUAAGACCGAGAGCUCCGUGGAGAGAAUGAUAACACAGAUGCCACUGGUCCACCGCGACACGGGCUUGAUCAAAAAAGAGUUGCAGAGUGGGAGAUGUGAAUUCCAAGAAUUCAUGUCUCAAGACCGCGAAUGGAAGAAAUCGCAAGAGGCAGGAUUAGAUGGUAAGAAAUGGCUGAUCGAGCAAUGUCUUGAGAUCUUAAAUCAAGCACAAUGGAGUUCAUUGAGGAGGUCGCCGUCUCCUCCACUUGAUUAUUCCAAGGAGUAUAUCAACCAAGAACAAUUCCUACAGAGCCUGUAUGUAAACGUAGAUAUCGUGUCUCUAGAUAUUGAGAACACCCUACGACAGCGCGAGGCAAUGGACCAAUCCUGUCAAGGUCAAGGCGCGUGGCUCCUCCAGUCCCAGCAAUUCCAAAACAUCAUCUCCUCGCGACAAUCAGAGAUACUCCUCGUAGAUGGAAACGCCGAUGGCUUCGAGUUAGAGCGCAUCUCUCCAAUGUCCACACUGUGUGCCGCUCUUCUCCGUAGUUUCGAGCAUAGACGCUCCGGGACCCCAAUUCACCUCAGUUUCUUCUGCGGGCUCCACACCAGCUCCAAUGAUCCUCUCUCCGGUCCCACAGGGAUGAUGAGAAGCCUUACAGCGCAACUGCUCCGGAUGUACGAGUUCCGUUUCGACUUCGUGGACUCGCACCGGUACCGGGACGCGCUGGAAAGCCACGAUUUGCACUACCUCUGUGCUGCCUUCGAGAAGUUAGUAUACCAACUGCCAGCACACACCCCCGUAUUCUGCGUUAUCGACGGUAUCUCGCUAUUUGAACGUUUAGAUCUGGAGAGCGAUCUCGGCCGCAUCGCUGCAACUUUCAAGCAGCUGGGCCUAGACCCGAGCCUAGGGUGCUUCUUCAAGCCCCUCAUCACGAGUCCAAACCAGAGUCGAUUCUUCAAGCAAUUCUUCCCGCAGGAGACACAGGUCAACAUUCCGCCACGUGGAAACUGUGAUGUAGGCGACGUGAGUAUGGACGACGCCGUUGCGAAUGCGCGAUCGAGGUCGAGUUCGUUGAAUGGGUCGUCCUGUGGUACGUCGGAUGAUGGGGAGGAGGGGUAUACCUCUGAUGGUGGCUACGGAUCUGAUGACAACGAAGAAGGUUGAUGGAAACAAGCCCCACAAGGGCUUGUAUAGGGUAAGGCUGUGAUCUUGGGGAAUGUGAACUUCCGAUGUGGCUUUUUGGCGUUUGGGGCAUGAGAUUCUGCUUUCUACUUUAUCGUUGCUUCCCAGGAUCGAUUCCUAUCCUCUCCUUUGUCAAGAACAACAUCUCAAGCAAGAAAGACUGAUAGUCAGCCAAGCUCUAUCUCCUUUUCAGUAGCUUUAUACUGACAAUAUACCAAACACUUCUCACUCCGUUGCCAGUCACUAUUGUCACUUUAC